AUGAGCGCACCAGAUAUUUUAAAAGAUUUUAAAGGUUCAUUAACUAUUGAACAAGAUGGAUCAAUUUCAAGUGCUUCAGGUAUUUUACAAGAAAGUUUCUAUAAUAAUAAAGAAUUUGCAAGCACCAUUAUUUCAAUGUUACACGACGUCAAUAAAAUUACAUCUUCAAAUAAUCAAGAAUUUAAAAGAAUGACAGUUUCAUUUUCAGAACAAACAUUUAUAGUCACAGCAAUUGGAACUAAAAUUUAUGUAGUUGUACAAUAA